ACCGAUGAGCUAGCCACAUUUCUAAAGAGUUCUCGUACAUUUUAUUUAUUUAUUUAUUUUAGUCCUACAUUGUUUUAAAUCUCGAUGGCUGAAUCCCGGCGUGAAGAGGAGGAGGAGGAGGGGGAGCGCAGAGAUCUGCGGGACGUCCGGAGCAGGAGCCAGGCAACAGAUAAUCCUGAAAGAACCAAGACAGAUCAUUUACAUUCAAGCCAAGGGCCCCUGUCUUCUCUACGAGCUGCUAUCAAACGGACAAGAACAAACUCUCAGAGCGACCAAACCAGAGAAAGAAGGCGACCAGAGAUCACCAUUGUUUCAGCAGAACCAUUGGCCAGUAACACCUGGUUCUCAGGAGCCUCCGGGCUUUUCCCCCGUCCUCCUCAGUCCAGCUGGUCUGCAGGCAUCCAGGCUGUUUCACAGCCCCCACCAUCCUAUGACCAGGUGAUUCAAGAGAAGACACAGGAAGAACACACUGUCAAGCCCACUGCAGCCCCCCGCAGGACCCCCUGCACCACCACAAGUGCCACGCAGACUGACCCUCUGAGUGACCCUCUGAGUGACCCUGUGAGUGACCCUGUCCCACAGUGCGGUGCUGCUCCACAGCCAGCAGGAAAAAGACCUGCAGGUAAAACGCCAAAAAAACCACCACGUCCAUCCCUGCCAAAACCAGCGGAUAAAGUUACUGAAAUACCCACCAACGAGAAGGUUGGAACAAAUACUGCAGUAUCCACAAACACUGGGGACAAAAGUGACUCCAAGUCAGAUUUAAAGCAACUGAACCAAACAGAUUCCCCUCACACCUGCAGCAGAUCUGUCACUGUUCACUGGGAUAUUCCUUCAAAUCAUCUCUCUGCCCCUGCCGAAGCUACUCCCUCUAAUUCAGACUCAGAACCCACUCAACGCCCCGUUCCACUUCCUCGAACGAAAUCCAGAAAGCAGUCAAUAACAGAAGAGGCCAAAGAUCAGGCUUUGGUUAAGCUCAGUGAAAAUUUUGACGAUAUUCACUCUGAUCCAGGGGAUGUCUCCUCCAAUAAGUAUUUGAGGGAGUUACUGGAGGCGUUUAGUGCAGAUAACGAGUGUGAAGAACACGUCAACCAAUCAGACGAGGCCUUGAAAGGUGAAGAUGCUGACGGCGAGAUGAAUUCAUCCCACAGUCAACGCAACAUCAGGGCCAGGAUCCAGGCCUUUGAGAGCCAGGCUAGCAUCGAGGAGGGAAACGUGGUUGAGCCAGUCAAACCGGAACCGCGGCCCAGGAAGGCAACCAACAAACCUCUAGUUGCUGCUAAACCAUCUGUAGCUCCUAAACCUCCAUUAAAUCCCAGUGUAGAAAAUGACUAUCAAAAUAUAUCAACUACAAACGUUUCCCAAAGCCCUACACCAGCCCCCAGACCUCAGCGGCCAAAGAAACCUGUGGAUGUUGUGAAAGAGGAACUAGAGACUUUAUUCAAAGAUAAAGCCAUCCCAAGAUCACGUCCCUCUGUGUUGACCAGAGCCAACAGCAUCCAUGAAGAGGACACUCCAGUUCCCCCUACGCCUCCACCAAAGCCUGUAAAAGAACCUCUGAGACCCAACCUUAAUAUAAACAACCACAACUCAGCCUCCAUGGUCACAGAGAACGAGUAUGUGGAGAGUCCAACAAAUCACAUCUCGGUCAAGCCUCAGCGUAAUGAGGACAGCAGUGGGGUCUCUUUCAAAAGACAAAGUAUGACACGGAGACCAACCACCAUCAGGGUCCCCAGCAAAUCUGCUUCAUUCUCAGAUAACUUUCAGGACAGUCCUCCCCCUCUACCUGCUCAGAAGCCCGUAGGCUCCCUGAACACCUCAGUGAACCACAGACAGAGCCAGACGUCCACCCUCCCCCACCAGGAGUCUUUCCAGUUUGGGACAGAGGCAUCGUUACCACCCCGGAGGCCGAGUUCAAGCAAAAUGCUCCCACCUCGCCCACCUCCAGCCAAAACAGGCCCAGGAAGACCUCCCCCACCCAGAUCCCAUUCAGCAUCAUGGGAAGCUUCACCUAAACCCCAGGCACAGAAACCCCACAGGAAAGGACCGGUCUUACCUCCGAGGCCCAAGCCGGGCCACCGUCUCUACAACAAAUACACUCUUCCACUCCCUCAUGGGAUAGCUUCCAUUGACUACAACGGCAGUAAUACAGGAGAACUGUCAUUCCAGCAAAAUGAAGUGCUCCUGCUGCUAGAGGAGAUUGACCACAACACAUUUGAGUGCCAAGUCGGAGACACCAGAGGCAGAGUCCAAAAGUCUCGCAUGAAGGUCAUAAAUCCUCUUUCCUCAGCCUCACACUCCUCCAAGCCACAGGAUGCCGGUCCAGCUGGUUCAGGUGGAGCUGGUUAUGAGCUGAAGGUGCAGGCUAUAUAUGACUUCAAUCCAGAGGGACCAGGAGAGCUGGGUCUGAGAGCAGGAGAUGUUGUGACCAAGGUGGAGCAGGUGGACAGUGAGUGGUACAGAGGCACAUGUAGGGGAUCAACUGGUUUCUUUCCCGCCAAUUACGUCAAAGUCCUGUCAAAUUCACCAAAACCUCUCCCUGAACGGAAACCCAAGCCACCAUCCGCAACAGUCAGUGGUCCGAGAUGUAUGGCGAGGUUCGACUUUGAGGGCGAGAGCAGUGAUGAGCUGACGUUCUCUGAGGGGGAUGUGAUCCAGCUGAAGGCGUAUGUCGGACAGGAGUGGGCUCGAGGACAGAAAGGCAACUCAAUUGGUAUCUUCCCUCUUAACUUUGUAGAGGUCAUUGAAGAGCUGCCUCUACCCCAAAGUCAGCAGAAGAGACAGUCCAUUGGGAUCGCACUGCCUGGCAUGGUUGCUCCUUUGAGCACACACUCUGAGGUUGCCAAACCUGCUGAGGUGUCUCAGCCCGGUGUGGAGUGGGUGGUGGCUCUGUAUGACUUUGCCGGGAGUACGUAUGACGACCUGUCGUUUCAGCAGGGCGACCGUAUCCUGAUCAUUGAGCACAUCGAUGCUGAGUGGAGCCGUGGCCGGCUCAACAGCAGAGAGGGCUUAUUCCCCAGGUCUUUUGUUGAGAGCUGCACAGGCAAGCCGUCGCCCAACAACCAGCAGAGUGGGGCGGCUGCAGGUGUCAGAGGCAGAGCUUUGUUCAGCUUCACCUCAGACUGUGAUGAGGAACUCUCUCUGCAGGUUGGGGACAUUAUAACAGAUCUGGAGUCUGUUGAUGAAGAAUGGUUCCUGGGUGAUUUGAGAGGGAAAAGGGCCCUGGUCCCUAAAAACUAUUUGCAAGUACUGUGAUAGUGCCACAUGACCGUCAGGACGAACAAAGGACACUGUUAGAUGACCAGAACUCAAAUGAGGUCUGAGGACGGAUGUUUUCAGCAGUGGAAGUGAACUGUCUUUAACUGGAAUGCAGUAUUUCAUCUCAGAGUAGUGCAACUUUUUUUUAAUCUGCUUGGUUAAAUUAAUAAGAAGUGUUAACUGAAUUAUUUAUCAUGGUUAUAAAUAAACGUGAGUAAAACUGGCAA